UUGUUCACCAUGUUACUCAAAGCUGCGCUGCUAUUUUUGACAAGUUGUGCUGUUCUAACACAUGGAGUUCCAGCAGAAUCGUCCAGGUCGAGUGAGCUGAGUGGAGGAACGCCGGCUGUGCAAGGAGAAUUUCCCUGGCACGUGUCCAUCCAGAUAAUAUAUAUUCUGGUCUGGACCCCUUUCUGUGAUGGCGUCAUCAUCUCCAGAGAUUUGAUUAUCACGCAUGGAUUUUGUGCACAAAUGUCGCCCGAAUCUUACCAGUCUUACCGCAUAUUAGCCGGCAUCUUGGACUAUUCCAACCCUGGUUCCAUUCAUAAGAUCACCGAAACGUACUUGGAUGAAAUUUCCACCAACUUUCUGGGCAUAAUGCGAGUGGAUCCACCUUUCGAGUUCACUUCUGACAUCGGACCUGUGCGGCUUCCUAUUGCUUAUGCAGAAUCUUUGCCGGGAACAGUCAUGACAGUUUCAGGCUUGGGUGAAACUUCACCUCUUGAGCCGGUUAGAUUCCUCGCAAAGCUGGACAUGCCGAUCAUGGCCAAGGACUUAUGCAGCAGUUUGUAUCAAGGGAUCGGGAUGCAGUAUCUGAUCUGCACCGGAGAUUUCAACAACGAAACUGGCUUCUGCACCCAAAAUAGUGACAUUGGUGGGGCUCCCCUCGUUUACGACGGUGAGCUACGCGGAGUCCUCAUCAGCACGAACAGCUGUGUUUUACCUGAAGUUUACUCGGAGGUCUCCCUCUUUCGCGAAUGGAUCUUCCAGAUUGCCGGCGUCUGAAUUAAAUCGGGGUAAAUAAAACAGAUCAAAGCUAGUGAAAAUGUGGUUAUAUA